AUUUAUGCCACCAAUUACCCCCUCACCGUGGAAGACUGUACGGAAUGCUGAUCGUUUUUCACCCGUUUGCCCACAAACCGUACCCAUACCACCCAAUGGCCCUGAAGCAUUGUUGGAAGUGCCACGAGCCCGUCUAGCCCAGCUGCGUAGACUAUUGCCGUUGCUUAGCAAUCAAUCGGAAGACUGCCUUUAUCUAAAUAUAUAUGUACCCUACGAAAAUCGGAGGCAUCGACGUGAUGGAGAAUCAUCGGAACAAUCCUUAAUUCCAACCAUUUUAUUCAUUCACGGUGAAUCGUAUGAAUGGAAUUCGGGCAAUCCUUACGAUGGCUCUGAAUUGGCUGCCCAUGGCAAUGUCAUCGUAGUUACAAUAAAUUUUCGUCUGGGUAUUUUUGGUUUCCUGAAAACUGGUGGCAAGGAAAGUGCUCAGGGAAAUUUCGGUUUAAUGGAUUUAGUGGCUGGUCUGCAUUGGUUAAAAGAGAACCUACCAGCUUUUGGAGGUGAUCCUCAGGCUAUUACAUUGUUAGGUCAUGGUACUGGAGCGGCGUUGGCAAAUAUUUUGGCAGUAUCACCGGUGUCCAGUGAUCUCAUUCAGCAUGUUGCCCUGGUUAGCGGUUCAGCGUUAUCACCCUGGGCUAUACAGAAAAAUCCUUUAUUUGUUAAACGUCGUGUGGCAGAACAGACCGGAUGUCAUGGCGAUAUGCUCUAUGAUGAUUUAGCACCAUGUUUGCGUACGAAGUCUGUGGCCGAACUGUUAGCUGUAAAAAUUGACCAUCCCAGAUUUUUAGUUGGUUUUGCCCCUUUUAUUGAUGGCACAGUCAUAUCACCCAAUACCGAUGGUAUUGGCAAACUAUCACUGCCUAUUGGCUCAGCUAUAGUUAGUACAUCAGGAAUUGAAUAUGCAAAUUUUCCUAAACGUAAUCUCAUAUUUUGCCUAACCUCAGUAGAGUCACAUCUAGAUCUAAGCGCUCAAGAUUUAGAAUUUGGUUUCAAUGAAACACGCCGAGAUCGCAUAUUAAGGACAUAUGUGCGCAAUAAUUUCCACUACCACUUGAAUGAAAUAUUUGCAGUACUAAAGAAUGAAUACACCGACUGGGAGAAGGCAAUACGUAGCCCAUUAAGUUCACGCGAUGCAACAUUACAAUUUCUCAGUGAUGGACACACUGCCUCAUCUCUUAUAAAAUUGGGUUAUAUGCACAGUCUGAGAGGAGGCAAAGGCUACUUUUUACACUUCAAGCAUCGUACAGUGGAAGAAGAAUAUCCACAGCGCACUGGUUCGGUAAGAGGUGAAGAUGUACCCUUUUGGUUAGGCUUACCCAUAUCACCCCUGUUUCCACAUAAUUAUACAACUCAGGAGAGACAAAUAAGUCGUUUAAUGCUAAAAUAUUUGGCAAAUUUCGCCAAAACUGGGAAUCCAAAUCAUUCCACGUUUUCUUCACCGCUGGCAUCGACUUCAAAGUUAAUAAAUACACCGCCCACAUCUGUGGCCUCAGCUACACUGUCCACUGACAUUCACUCAAAACACAAGAGAUCAUCAUCGUCGUCGUCAAGAGCAACAUUAAAUUCUGUAAAUAAAACAUCCUCAUUAUCGUCCACUUCAUCGUCCAAUUCAAGCUACAGCAAUAGAAAUGUAACAUCCGAUGCUAUUGAAGAUGUAGCUGCAGCCGCCGCUAGAGAGGCCCUCAACCUGGCCGUGCUCUAUAAUCAGCGACGAACAAAGCGAACCUAUUUCAAACGGCAUUCUCGCAGCAAUUCCGAUGAUCAACACAACGGCAAUGAUUCUGGCAGCAGUGAAAUUGCGAACUUUCUCAGUUCAGCUGGUAAUUUGGAUAGUGAAGAGAUGCCGUUUUGGGAUGCCUACGAUGUUGUCAAUCAGUUAUAUAUGGAAUUGGGCACCAAAGCUGAAAUUCAAAGCCACUAUCGCGGUCAUAAAUUAUCGAUGUGGUUAAACCUAAUACCACAACUUCAUCGGCAUGCAAAUAUGAAUGAUCAAUCAAUGAGGCAUCACCAGUUCCAGGAUGAUCUGAAUAAUAUGAAUCUCUAUGAAGGUAUUGUACGGCCACAAAUACAAACGAAACCAGCUGAUGAUGAUGAAACGUUAUUGUUACCACGAGGUAGACCAACAUCAGCACCACCACCUACAUCGACGCUGGAGGCAAAUACCACACAAAAGCCAAGUGGGGCUACAACAGGUGAAUUAAAAUUAUACACAAACACAUAUGCAUAUUUAUUUAUCUCUGUUAUUUCUUCAGAAUGUGGUGUCGACGGAGCUAUGUUUGUGGCUGAAAUGACCGCAAUUCCGCCCACGGACAAUCGUUCGUUCGUUGAAAGUCGUGAAAAGGAAAUGGCUACAGCCUCAACAGGACUCAUAGGUAAUCUAGAAGUCUUAAGACGUUUAAGUGGCAAGCAAUUUCAAAGUUAUACUACUGCUUUGGUAGCAACAGUGGCCGUUGGUUGUUUUCUGCUCAUACUCAACGUUCUCAUCUUUGCCGGCAUUUAUCAUCAACGCGAGAAGCGGGCACGAGAUGCAAAGACAAAGGAAGAACUGCAGGACAAUGAUAAUAGUAAAAAUUCCAGUAUUUUGAAACUGAAUGCAUUGGGCAGUGAAACGGGUUCCUUUACUGGCAGCGGGGCUGGCGUUAGUGGAAAAACCACAGCGGUUUUCGGCGAAUACAGUUGCUACGAUGAAAAAUCAGUACAGACGAAAGACGAGAAAUUAAUCGUCGAUUUAUCAUCCUCUCAAAUGAUGGACUCUACAUGGGCAGCAGCCUGCUCGACCAGUACUUUAGAUUUAUUGAAAACCAAACAUCAUCUACCAUUAGAAUCGAAUUAUCCAAUUUCUUCCAAUGUUGUACCCAUCACCACAGAACAACCCAAUGAACAUUUAAUGGCUGUCAGUGCCAUGGAAAUGGCCACCUACAAUCCACUGCCACCCAUGGUCAGUGGCAGUGCUGGACUAAUAUUGGAUCCAUCAAUAGCUACCUCAACGGGUUUACAAAGUAAACGCGGUUCCUUUGUUGGAUCUUCAGGACAAUUAAAUCAAUAUGACUUUGCUUCGGUGCAAUCGUCAGAUCAAAUGUCCUUUAAGGAUAUCGAGAAUGCUGUAAAAGUGUCAAUGAGUCGAGGUGAUGAUAUAACACAGGAUGAUGAUAUUCCCGAACCACCACCGCCACCAAAAUCGUUUCAAAAUAUGCAACUUCAUCAGCAGCAGCAGCAACAACAACAUGGUGGUGGGAUUUUACGUCAAGCUGGUACCUCAUCUGGUACACAGACAGGAGGCGGUAAAAAACGUGUACAUAUUCAAGAGAUUUCUGUCUAG